AUGGCGUCUUAUAUACCAGGGUAUGAUGAGGAAAGGUUUGCAACCACAGUCAAUCGAAAUUUCCUCUGUUCGAUUUGCUUCAACGUUUUAAGAGAGCCCAUCCUGUGUCCGAGAAACCAUCAUUGUUUCUGCCGUGCUUGUAUUACGAAACACCUGGAAAAUUCUCGAAGAUGCCCUACGUGUGGGGACGAACUGACUGUGGAGACUUUGGCCGAACCACCACGAAUGGUAAAAGAUUAUAUAAAUGAAUUAAACAUUCAUUGCAUUUACAUAAAUAGAGGUUGCCAAGACAUCCUACAAUUACAACAUCUUGACAACCAUGAGGCUACAUGUGGAUUUACACCUGCCGUUUGUUCAAACCAAGGCUGUGGUGCAACUUUAAACCAGCGUGAUCUUAUUCACCAUGAAAGUGAAAUUUGCGAAUUUCGAAAGCUGAAGUGCCACUCGUGCGGGGAAAUGACAAAAACGUUGGCAGAGAUGGAGAAAAGAAUGGCAAAUGUCGAGAGGAAUAUGGCGACAAAUAUGGAAAAAAUGGGAGCUGUCGUUACCAUGGAAAUCCACAUGAAGAAUAUGCAAACGAGUAUGGCGACGAAUGCGGCGAAUAUGGAGACGCGAUUGGCCAAUGUCGAAAAGAAUAUGGCGACUAAUAUGGGAGCUCUGGUUACCAUGGAAACCCACAUGAAAAAUAUGGAGAAAAACACCGCGGAUAUGGAAGGAAAGCUCGAAGCAGUGAAUAAUGAGGUGAGAGGAUUGAAAACGACUUUGAUGGAAGGUUUUGAUGAAAUGAAGGAUGUUCUUGUCAAGACGGAGGUCAUUAAGGAAGAAAACACAAGAAAAGUAAGAAAUAGAGCAAGUGGUGAUAAGGAAAAUAUAGUUGUUGCUGGAGGUUAUCUAGUUGACUCUGUAGAGAUGUUUAACUGGCGUCAAAGAACAUGGUCGCCAUUACAAUCCUUGCCAAAGGAGCGUUUUGGUGCGACUUCAUUUGUUUACAACAAUCAUGUGACAGUUGUUGGAGGUUGCUGUUCUGGCCGUGUCGAUGAUAUGAUUAGAUUAAAUAUCAACCCAAAGUCUGAUCUCUCAAUGCACUGGAGUGACUGUCCUGUUAAACUGCCUGCUAAGUUGGCAUACCACAGCAGUGUGCUGUAUAAUGAUCACUUGAUGGUGACUGGUGGUUAUAACGGAAAUGCAGUGUCUGAUUGUAUUCAUGAAGUCCAGCUAGUGCCUCCAUAUACUGUGAAGACCUUGUCAGGAAUGCCAGAACCAAGACAGAAUCACGGCACGCAAUUAUUUGAUGAUAACUUGUUGAUUCUUGGUGGAAGAACAACUGGUAGUUACCAAGACAACCUCAGCAGUGUCUUACUGUAUGAUAUAAAGAAGAAUGAAUGUAAACAGUUGGAACCACUGCCGUAUGAAGUGAGUCUGAUGGCAACCGUGAGAUGGGGGGACAACAUUGUUGUUACAGGCGGCAAGGGCAAACGUCACAAUGCAUUAGACACAGUUAUCAUUUACAAUGUCAAGACUGAGCAAAGUCACAUGCUGCCACGGAUGAGACGUAAGAGAUGGGCAUGUACUGCAGUUGUUAUUGGAAACAACAUUGUAGUACUGGGAGGGAAGGAUGAGCAAGGACGUUACUUAAAGUCAGUUGAAGCUUUCAACUUUGAAAGUUAUACUUGGCAAGAACUGCCAGAAAUGUCUCGAGGGAGAUCCUAUGCCAGUGCUGUUGUUGUCUGAACAAUGUAAAAAUGUUGAACUCAUUUCCUUGAGACAACAAGUUGACUUUAAUCAUCUUGCAUUUACAAUGAACGAUUAAGGUACCAGAAAAUUAGGUACCAAAAGUAAUUUGAGAUACAGUGGAUUGUUAAAUAUAACCAUAUUGAUAAUUUUUUUGUAAUUGGAAAUCAUUGGUUGUUUCAGUGCAUGAAUAUUGGAUUCGUGUAGUGAGAUAACAAGUUGACUUUGAAUGUUUUUAAUCCGUAAAUUGUAGGAAUAAAUACUUUAAUAUACGAGUAGAAUAUAAUCAAAUAUAAUCAAACGCAG